AUGUUGUACGGAGGUUUUGGUGAUGUUGUGGAAGUUCUUUUCGGAUCAUUGAUCGAUCAACUACCAACAGAACUUUGGCUUCGAGUUUUAAAACUUUUACAUGAACAAGAUAUUCAAAGUUUAAUAUUUACUUUUCCACAAUUUCAACUAUUGAAAAUCGUUUGGGAAUCUCCAGAAACAAGAAGAUUUGUGUUCGAUCCAUCUCGCUCAAAAUAUCUUCCGACAAUCGAUACUCAAUAUGGUAGUCGAACUCUAUUUUCUUUUACUGAUUCGCAAUUUUUCUAUCGUAAUAUCGAUGGAUGUUGUCGAGUAGCGGCCGUUUAUACUUUCUUCUUAUUAGGACAUGGAAAAGAUUCAACAACAUAUAUCGUUCGAUAUGAUAAGAAUACUCAAGAAGUAUAUGAAGUACAAAUGGAAAGAGUCUUAGCAGACGUAUUUUAUAAUAGAAACUGUUAUGGUUCACUCUAUCGCGUCAAACAAAAUGACAAAAAGAAACGUGAGUCAAUUGUUGACUUUGAUCAUAGUGUUAAUCAAACUUAUUUGACCAAUCGACAUCAAUCUCAGUUUAUUGAACAAGAUCUUUUAUCACGUUUUCAUUUUAAGAUGAAAUUUUCACAUUUCACCGAGAGCAACAUUUUUGGUUUUGAAGAUAGUACCAGUUCCGAAAACGAUGAUGAUGAUGGAGGAUUAGAUGAAUCAUUCAUUAGAGUUUAUGAGCGACAACAUACGUUAUGUGACCGCAAGAAUAAGCUUGUUGAUCAUGAUUUUGAUUCACGUGAUCCGCAAUUUGAAAAGAAUCCAGUCUUAAGUUAUUGUGAAAACUUAUUGAAACAAGAUUCAGGCACAAGUCUGUUUCGUAUGAUAUCUGCCAAAGAUCAUCUCAUUGAUCUAGUUCGUCAUUGUCGACCUUCAAAAUGUAAGUUCGGAAAAGUUCGUAAUUUGAUUCGCCAUUACAACCAUCUCGUUUUUGAUUUGGAGACACAUCACUUGACUGUUGAACGCCUGCCUGAUGAAGAUCUAUUUUGUGCAGAUUCUGAUUCUCUUUUACACGACUGUGUUCAAUUGUUACAACGUUCAGUUCCAUCAGAAAAUCCCAUUUUGUAUUGUCGUGUGAAUAUCGAACAAUUAGCCAAAAAAACGAAAGGAAUGAACCAUUCAUCGUGUCAAAGUUCAUAUCUCUCCGUGAACAUUGAUCAAUUUUCAUUUCUUGAUUACACACAUCUGUCGCAUGUACACUUAGCUAUCGCUGAAGAUAGCGGUACGGAUCGUGUCUUUGUCUUGGUCACGUAUGAUGGAAUUGUUGCUCUCUAA